AUGGCGUCAACAGACAAACCCCAGAUUCUCCUUCUCUGCCUCUCAUACCGCGAAUUUCUCGACGAGGUCUACUCCCCACUAUUUAACAGCCUGGUUGAAGUAGCGCACAUCAAGCGCGCAAAGACUGCGUCUGCCGCAAUCAGCGCCCUCGCCUCGACCACCUUCAAAGCAGUCAUCAUUGCCGACGAAGGCCUUACUAAACGCAAUACCGCAAACCAGGAAGUCCUUGGCAGAGUCAAAUAUUACAUUGAAAAUGGCGGUCUCGCUAUCGUCGGCCUGCAUUUCCCCAAUUUCACGACCAUGGACAGGUUCAAAGCGUUCUUCCAAGCAUUCGGCCUUCCCUGGAAAGAUGGCGACUAUCACCGCACUACCUUCCAGCUCAAUCCGUCUGCUACCUUGCCCGAGAGUACCGAACCCGCGUCGUUGCCUGGACCGUAUAGCAUGAAGGCACUCCAUGUUACAAAUGCCAGGCCCCUAGAGAAGAUCUUUGUCCCUAUUGAGGGCGCAGUGACACAGAGUCAUGUUUUUGCGCCGGGGUAUGUUGAUCAGACACAGGCCGCUGUUGUGGGGGCGAAACUUGGCUCGGGACAUCUCGUGUAUUGUGGAGAUGUUAAUGGGGAGGAUGGAUCGAACCAGCUAAUGUUGGCGCUUUGCGGGUUUUAG